CCCCGCUCUCAGUCCUGAGAGCUGCACUGUUACUGAGAGCAUCCAAAGAAGAAGUUCAGCCACUCAGGAAAGCCGCCUGGAUUUCGGCUGCAGAAGCAUAAACUUCUCCCAGCGUCUGUCUUUUGGACUGAACCCCUGAGCUCAUUCAGAUCCCUGCAGGCCAUUUACACCAGAGAGUGAUAAAGAUGCAUCAGCACGCACACUGCUUUCUGCUCCUUUUCCUCACGACUUUCCUCACUGGGAUGGUUCAGUCUCUUCCUUCAACUUCCCACAGGAGCAGAGUGAGACGUCAGAAUAUGAAAGUCCGCAUCAGCGCCACAGGAGACACAAUCGUGAUGAAGUUUCUGCAGCCCAAUACUGACACCAAGCUUGAGGGCUACAUCAUGGGGUUCGGCAGCAGCAUGUUCUCCCGACAGAUGAUACAUCUGCCUGAAAACGGACAGCCAUAUGAGAAAGAGUUUGAUGCUGAGCCCAAGUACGUUGUAGCUGUCCAGCCUAUUCCAGCCAAUGAGGUGAAAAAGCAGUGCAAAGGCAAAGUGGAACUGGAGAAGCCUCUACAGGUGGUCAUUGGGUCAGUCACGGCCACCUCGGUCCUUCUGUCCUGGGGGACGCUGCUGAAAACGCCCUAUGAAGGAAAUAUCAUGAAUGACUGUUUAGAAGACGGACACUAUACGGUCCGUUACCGUGAGAAGAACAGGAAGUGGAACUACCAGACCUGCUCGACCAGCGAUACGGUCAUUGACAAUCUCAAGCCGCACACCGUCUAUGAAUUUGGUGUCCAGCCUACUUCUAAAGACGGCACUGGGGCGUGGAGCAAACCUGUGCUUCACAACGUCAGCACUGCACGGUUCCAGGAAAAGUACAUUAGAAGAAUCGCAAAGUUUCCCGACAGACCCCGCGGUAUGUAA